UACUGGCAACACUGGUGGCCGGUCGUAAAAAAAACGAUCUCUAGAUUUAAAUUUAGUAAAAUUAAUAAAAGUGUACUAAUUAAGUUAAAUAAGUGUAAUAUCGUUUAAAAUAAGUAUUGUGUAUUACAUGUAGUAAUUGUACAGUGUUUUUUUUGUCGCGAGAGCUUCGCAAAACAAGAAACUUAAACCGGCUGUCAACUUAACGCCUCAACGGCGACGGAUUUCAAAAACCUCAUAACCCGGGGAGUAUUCUGUUCUUUUAAUGUUAUUAUAGUUAAUAUUUACAUCUUAACAUAACAUCACAAAAUACUGCUCAGGCAUCUGAGCCACGUCCAUCACACAUUGGCACGGUUUUAUGUCUCCUUUUACUUGACAACUGGUGGAAGUAAAAUCGAAGACGAAAACAUUCGCCGAGACAAUUACUUAAUACUACAUAAUUACUGCACAAAAUAAGCUCAUUAAGUGUUCCAUGUUAAUGAAAUACUUAACUUGUAAUGUAAAUUUAGCUUUUUUUGUAGCUUAAAACUUAGUACUUAAUAACAACCAAAGCAGUGUUUUAACAUUUUGUACUUGCACUGUUAUUUAGCUGCAAACCUUUCACACAUUCCAGGUCACUAACAUUAAGGAAAAUGAUGACCCGCAGAGUUACUAUCAAGGAGAUGGAAACAAAACUGAGAGCUACUUUGAAGGAGCUUGAAGUUUCUAAAGCUUUAUGCGAACAGUUGCUCCAGGAGAGGGACGACAGUGAGGUGGAAGUGAAAAAUGUUGUUGACAAGAACACCUUCCUCAAAAAUGAGUUAGCUAAGCUACACAUUGAGCACAUGGACUUAGCUGACCAACACAAUCAACUGAAAAUCCAAGUGUCAACACUUCAAGAGUGCAGUGACACUCAUGAACUGGCUUUGAACCGUAUUUCAGAACUUGAACAAGAAUUGUGUGAUGCCCAUAGGGCCCUUUCUCUCUCAGAAUCUGUCAAGUUUAGCAAGCAGGUUUCUAAAACCAAUAGCCUAUUUAAUGAGUUGGUAGUCAGUACGUCAAAACCAGUGUGUGAGCCGGCUGUAACAAUAGAUUUGACUGGUGAUGACACCUUACCAUUGUGUCCUAUAGUUAUGAGUCAUAACAAAUUAAAAAAAUAUAUUAAAAUUAAAAAAACUAUUAAACGGUCACAGAGAACAAUAAAAAAACAUAAUCUCUUAAAAUUAAAUCUUUCCCUUAGAAAAGACCGGGUAGUUUUAUCAAAUAAAUUAAAUACUUGUAUUGUCCAGCUAGAGGAAUGUAGGGAAAAGUAUGAUAUUGAUACUCAGCUUCUCCAACAUGAUUUACUAUACAAGGAGGACUUGCUGAAGAAUAUUUAUGAGAAAUAUGAGAUAUCACAACAACAACUGAGUGAGCGCCUGCUUGAAGCUGGGGAGCUGCUGGACUUGGUGAAAUGCAAUGCUGAGAUGUAUGAGUCGCUGACCAACAAUCUCUCAAGCACCAGUGCGAGCCAUCCGCCACCUCCUCAGCUCAAUCUUGACUUAUCUCCUCCGGUGCUAGCUCUUACAGCAAAGGCCGGUGUUGAUACACAGAAAAAUAAAACCAUUUUCUUUUGUGAUGAAAUAGGUUCAGGCUUUGGAAAAAUCCUACAUAAUUACCUUAGCCAUAGUUUUACCAAUCAUAGUUACCAUAACAUAAGUUUUAAACAAAUAAUUAAACAAAUUAAAAAUUCAAACCUGGACAAUUAUUCUGCUUUAGUUUUAUUACUAGGUAACAGCAUUGGUAUUACCAAAAAGGACAUAGUGGAUGGUGUCAGCACCUUAUUAAAAUUAAACAUAGGAAAGCUGAUGUUAUGUGCUUUUCCCUACUCUGAUACUCUGUCAGAGGUUGAAAAUAAUCAUAUUUUUAAAUUGAAUAAUACUAUUCACAUGUUGACAUGUCGUCAUAGUGACAAAUUAUUAUAUUUUGACACUAAUAAGUCUGCUCCAUAGGACAAUCCUAUGAUUGGCUCUAUAGCCUGGACAAAAUCAAAUUGGUUGCUGAUUUUUUGCUUUAAUGCUACAAAUGUAAUUAUUAUUUUAUUUUUUUUUGUAUCUCACACACUGUUUUGUUGUGUUUU